AUGUUCUCCGGCGCUCUCAAAUCCUUCACCUCCAACAUCACCUCCUCCUACACCAUCGCCGCCCAGCCCUCCUCCACAGCCGGCCCAUGGAAGAUCUUUGAUGCGAAAAAGAAGUCGACCGGCAAGGCGGCCUCCAUCUUCAUCUUUGAAAGACGAUCUCUCGAUCCCAGCCAAGGCUCCGCCAACACCCUCGGUUCGAGUCGAAGUAGCAAUGUCAGUCUCAAGAGGGCACAUGACGAGGUUAUUGAACGUUUAAAGAAAGAGGCGAGCAGUCUUGCGAGGCUACGACAUCCGAGCAUAUUGGAACUCGCUGAGCCGGUGGAGGAGACGAGACAUGGCGGUCUGAUGUUUGCUACCGAGCCGGUCACUGCAAGUCUCGGCAGUUUAUUGCAGGAGAAAGAUGAGCAAGAAAGGUCUGGAGGCAGGGGUGCUGGCAAAGGGAGAAGAUUUGUUGUUGAAGAGACCAAUGGCUCCACCCAGCCCAGGGAAUUCGAAAUCGACGAGCUGGAAAUUCAAAAAGGCCUGCUACAACUCGCCAAAGGACUGGAAUUCUUACACGAGAGUGCUGGGCUCGUGCACGCAAAUCUCACCCCCGAGGCGAUUCUCGUCAACGCCAAAGGUGACUGGAAGAUCUCCGGCCUAUCUUUCUGCGGACCCCACGAGACGAGCAACACCCCUACCAGUCUCACGGCUAUCUCACUGUCCGAGGUCUUGAAUCAUGAUCCUCGCCUUCCACGCAGUGUACAGCUCGAUCUGGACUACACCAGCCCCGACUUUGUUCUCGACAACUCCUUGACCCCGGCCGCCGACAUCUUCUCCCUCGGUCUACUGAUCAUAUCCCUCUACAACUCCCCUCACACGUCUCCGCUGAACGCAGGAGGCUCCUUAUCAGCGUACAAGCGUCUCUUUUCCAGCUCUUCGAAUGUUCCGACCCAGCACAAUAACUUCCUCGUCCCCUCAUCACACCCUCUGCCUCCAAAACUCGCCUCAGAACUACUGCCUCGCCUCAUCACCCGGCGACCGGCGCAACGGCUAAGCGCGCGAGAGUUUCAGGAAGCCAGCUACUUCGACAACAUUCUCGUAUCAACAAUCCGAUUUCUCGAUGCCCUUCCGGCAAAGACUCCGAACGAGAAGGCCCAGUUCAUGCGCGGCUUGCCCCGGAUUUUAUCACAGUUCCCGAAAUCUGUGCUGGAGAAGAAAGUCCUUCCUGCGCUGUUGGAGGAAAUGAAGGAUCGCGAGCUCCUGGCCCCCAUCAUCGCCGACCUCUUCGCUGCUGUCAAGCUCAUGCCGACAGGCAAGAGGGCGUUUACUGAACAAGUUGUGCCGAAAUUGCGCGAAGUCUUCGUCACGAAAGCCGCAGCGGCUGGCGAGAGGGAUACCAGUCGCGAAGCCGGCUUGAUGAUCUUCUUGGAGAACAUGGAGACUGCGGCGGCAAAUUGCCCCGGGAAGGAGUUCCGAGAAGACAUCCUACCUAUCCUCAUCUUGGCCCUGGAAUCGCCAACGCACGCCAUUGUGGAUGCGAGUCUUGCGACACUGCCUCACGUCUUACCCGUCCUGGAUUUUAGCACCAUCAAGAACGAGCUCUUUCCUGUCAUUGCCAAUGUCUUCGCAAAGACAAGCAGCCUGAACAUCAAGAUCAAGGGCUUGGAUGCAUUCUAUACGCUCUGCGGCGGGCAAGCGACAUCUACCUCCGGAAUUGCAGACGACGAUCUGAACGGCAUUGGGUUCGCAAAUAACCAAUCGUCAAAGCAAGCCUCUGCAUCGAGCAACAGCAGCGCCAUUCUGGACAAAUUCACCGUGCAGGAGAAAAUCGUGCCGCUCCUCAAAGGCAUCAAAACCAAGGAGCCGGGCGUCAUGAUGGCCGCUCUCCGCGUCUUCCAGCAAGUCGGCACCAUGGCCGACUCGGAUUAUCUCGCCAUGGAAGUCAUUCCCAUCCUCUGGAGCAUGAGUCUCGGCCCGCUGCUAAAUCUGCAGCAGUUCAAGGGGUUCAUGGAUCUGAUCCGCGGCCUAGGCGACAAGAUCGAACGAGAGCAGACGCGGAAACUGCAGGAUUUGAGGGGCGCGGGAAGUGAUAACAGUGGCAAUCUUGGAGGCAGAGCUGGCGUGAGACAGGCGCACGGUAAUGCAGGAGUCAACGGGCUGAGCAAUGGCGACGAGACGGACUUCGAAUCGCUCGUGUCUGGGCGAAAAGCGGGUGCCAACAACGACGACUUAAUGAACGAGUGGGGUGGUUUCUCCUCCAAACCGGCAGCAAGCCCAGCACCGCGCACCACCAACGUCAACACCAACAACCAGGCAACUUUCUCCUGGCAGACGGCGCCAGCCGCACAGUCUCAACCCAUCAACUCGCUCAAAACCACUACACCCGGUGCAAGGACCAUCACGCCCGACCAAUCAAUGUCGAACUUCGCGGCCCUCCGACCUUCAAGCACGCAGUACUCCCAACCUCUUCAGCCUAACACCGCCACCAACACAAUGCCUUUAAGACCCGCGCAGCCUAUGCAUCAAUCGUCAAUUUCCAGCACAGGAGGCGGCGCAGGGAUCGAUUGGUCCGCCGCAUCC